AUGGCGGUGAGCUUGUGGUCUCCGAAAGAAAGCGACCGGGACGUGGGUAACAGGGUGAAGCUGCAAAAUCCCCACAUGAAGGACAUUAAAGUGGACAACCUGUACCAUUUGGCGCUGUCAACAGGCACCCACCAAAUGAAGGACAUGUUCGGCGACAUCAAGUUCGUGUGCAUGGGCGGCACGACGGCACGGAUGGAACGCUUCGCUCAGUACGUCAAGGCCGGCCUCGACAUCCAGCUGCCCACGGGCGCCGACCUCUACGACAUCAGCCAGGCCUCGCACCGCUACUGCAUGUACAAAGUCGGACCUGUGCUCUCCGUCAGCCACGGCAUGGGCUCCCCGUCUCUCUCCAUCGUGAUGCACGAGCUACUCAAGCUGCUGCACUAUUCCCAUUGCACCACAGACGUGGUCAUGCUGCGCCUUGGAACUUGCGGAGGAAUUGGGGUUCCCCCUGGGUCGCUCGUCGUCAGCACAGGCGUCCUGAACGGGCUGCUGAAAGAGGAGCUGGAAGCAUUCGUUCUGGGAGAGCGCGUGACGCGGCCCUGCGUUCUGGACGGCGACCUGGUGCGCGAGCUCGUGGACGUGGGCAACCGGUUCUUGCCCGCUCUGCAAAUCGUGCGCGGCAAGACGCUGUCCACCGACGACUUUUACGAGGGCCAAGGCCGACUAGACGGCGCGAUUUGCACCUACUCGGCGGAAGCCAAGCGCCAGUUCAUGGACAAGCUCCGGUCCAUGGGCGUGCGCAACAUCGAGAUGGAGGCUUCCAUGUUCGCCGCCAUGUGUCACUUCGCCGGGUUGAAAGGAGGUGUGGUUUGCGUGACGCUGCUGGACCGUCUUGACGGUGACCAGGUUGACCUGCCGAGCUCCGAGAUGAUCGACUUGCAGGAUCGACCGCAGGAACUCGCCCUCCAGUUCAUCCGCCACAGGCUGGGCCUGCCUCCGAAGAUGAAUAAGUACAUGGUCUGAGAAGACUCGGAGGGCGACAGCGGACUCUCAUGGAAGACUUGGGGGCUUCCUUGACACCCUCGGUGCAAGAUUCUCAUUUCCAUGGAGCGACAAAAGCUCAAACUGAAAUUCGAGGACUGCCGAUCAUAAUGGCCUUUACAUCGCCUUAAAUGAC